GAUGCCAAAUGGGAAACUGGUUUUGAAUGAAAGUAGAAAAAGUUUGACCUAUACUACCCAUCCCUACUAUAUAAAGGAAUGUUGGGCUAUAAAGGAAUGAUUAGUGAGUAAGUUUAGAGGGGCAUGAUGACUUUAUCAUCCCAUUUUUUGAUAUGUGAAUUGUGAAACCCUAGGGCUGAUCAUGGAAUUUUCUGCCCAGAAACCUUUCCCAGCCCCCAAUAAAAGGGGGACAAUAUGGUACUGUACUAUUGCCAUAGCUCACUUCUCCAGGUAGAAAUGGCUGUAAAAUAUGUGAAGUCCUGUCUUUUUACAACUUGUUCUGAAUCAAGUUCUUGGAUUUGGCACUCAUGCUAUAAAACCCAGAUUUUAAAAACCAAAGGGAAAAAAGCAAAAGAGCAAACAACAACAAAAAGAAAAAGCAUGUUCAGAGUUUUCCAGUCUUUCAGGCCCAAAGGGCAAAGGCAAAGAGCCAAAGAUCCCUCCUUUAAAUUAAACAAGAAUUCCCUCUAUUCCUUCCAAACCUUGAGAUCUCCAGUUCUUUAAAUUAAACAAUCUCCAGUGCUUCUCCUCCCCCUUCACAUGCACCUAUAUAUAGUUGUCACCAGUCAGUCUGUGUUUUUUGCUUUAAGGAUUUAAGCUGCCACCCCUUCUUCUUCUUCUUCUUCCUAGCUCCAAAAUGUCUUCAAGAGUUUGAAAUAUUGAUCAAAAAAGAAUCUUGCAAUGGAGGGGGGGCUGAGAAAUGUAUGCUCAUUGGCUCUGCUAUGGUGGGUGUUGGUGCUGUCAGAAGGCAGUGGCACCACCAUUGUUGAUGAGCAAGAUAAGCAGGCAUUGCUGGAGUUUGUUAAAGAACUCCCUCAUUCCAGGGCUCUGAACUGGGAUGAGAGGCUGCCUGUCUGCAAGAAUUGGACUGGAGUGACCUGCAAUGAAGAUGGGUCAAGAGUGAUAGCAUUGAGGCUACCUGGGGUUGGGUUUCAUGGCCCAAUUCCAAACGACACUCUCGGCCGCUUGUCAGCACUGCAGAUCUUGAGCCUCAGAUCCAAUGGCAUCUCUGGGAAUUUCCCUCCAGACUUUGGUAACUUGAAGAACUUGUCUUGUCUUUAUUUGCAGCACAACAAUUUGUCUGGUCCUUUGCCUUCUGAUUUCUCUGUCUGGAAGAAUCUUACUAGUGUUAACCUGUCUAACAAUGGGUUUAAUGGCAGCAUUCCUUAUUCGAUCUCGGGUUUGAGUCGUCUCACUUCCUUAAACCUUGCUAACAAUUCAAUCUCAGGGGAAAUCCCUGACUUGAAUUUGCCUAGGCUGCAGCUUUUGAAUUUGUCUAACAAUGGUCUCACUGGAUUUGUGCCUAAGUCACUUCAAAGGUUUCCCAAAAGUGUGUUUGUUGGAAAUAAUGUUUCUUUCUUAGAUUACACUGUUUCUAGUCCCCCUAUUGUUUCCCUGCCUCCCCAACCAAACCUUAAACCCAACAAAACUGGAAAAUUGAGUGAGAAGGCUUUGCUUGGAACUGUAGUGGCUGGGAGUGUAGUUGCCAUUCUUGGGUUUGGUUUUGUGUUGCUGGUUUGUUGUCUGAGAAGGAAACGCGAUGCGGGUUUCCUGGGGAAACUGGAGAAGGGGCGUAUUAUGUCACCUGAAAAGGCGAUUUCACGGGGGCAAGGUGCGAACAACAAUAGUCUGGUUUUCUUCGAGGGAUGUAACUAUGCGUUCGAUCUAGAGGACCUUCUGAGAGCUUCUGCAGAGGUUCUUGGGAAAGGAACGUUCGGUAUGGCUUACAAAGCGAUACUAGAGGAUGCAACGACGGUGGUGGUGAAGAGGUUGAAGGAAGUGGGGGUUGGGAUGAAGGAAUUCGAGCAGCAAAUGGAGGUUGUGGGAAGCAUAAAACAUGAGAAUGUGAUUGAGCUUAGAGCAUACUACUAUUCCAAAGAAGAGAAGCUCAUUGUCUGUGACUUUUUCAGCCAAGGCAGUGUUGCUGCAAUAUUGCAUGGAAAUAGGGGAGAAAAUAUGGUACCUUUGGAUUGGGAAACGCGGGUAAAGAUAGGCAUAGGUGCAGCAAGGGGAAUUGCGGGGAUCCAUGGAGCAAACGGGGGGAAGAUGGUUCAUGGCAACAUUAAAUCCUCGAACGUCUUUCUGAACUCGAGGCAAUAUGGGUGUGUAGCCGACGUUGGUCUGUCAGCGAUCAUGGGCUCGUUGCCUCCACCCCUAGCACGUGCUGCUGGCUACCGUGCCCCGGAAGUAAUGGACACCAGAAAGGCUACACAGCCGUCUGAUGUGUUCAGCUUUGGCGUGUUGUUGCUUGAGCUCCUCACCGGGAAGUCCCCCGUGCACACGACGAGCGGGGAUGAGAUCAUACAUUUAGUGCGGUGGGUGCAUUCGGUCGUCCGGGAAGAGUGGACAGCGGAAGUGUUUGAUGUGGAGCUGCUCAGGUCUCCAAACAUAGAGGAAGAAAUGGUGGAGAUGUUGCAGAUAGCUCUGUCAUGUGUGGUGAGGAUGCCGGACCAAAGGCCUAAAAUGGGAGAGGUUGUUAAGAUGAUUGAGGGUGUCCGGCAGAUCGAAGCCAAAUCAGAAACAGCAACCUCAAGAACAUCACCUUCUUUGCUUGAGUCUGAUUACUAAAACCUGCAGAUUGAAGAACAGAAACCAGUUAUUCUUCCAGUGGUGCUGAAAUGCUUUUUCACUGCCUCAGUGAAUCCUAUCUGUAUCAUGUUGACUUAAUUAUAAAUUUCAAUUCUUACCUUCACACUA